ACUAUAAAAUGGCUGGACAACCCUAAAGGCCUUUCUUCCUUUCCGAAAUAGCCUAGGGUUUUUCUGCUCCGCGGCUUGAGCAAGACAGAGAGAGAGACGAGAGAUCAGUCAUCAUGGUGAACGUUCCCAAGACAAAGAAGACAUAUUGCAAGAGUAAGGAGUGCAGGAAGCACACCUUGCAUAAGGUUACCCAAUACAAGAAAGGGAAGGACAGCCUUGCAGCCCAGGGCAAGCGGCGUUAUGAUCGCAAACAAUCAGGGUAUGGUGGCCAAACCAAGCCUGUGUUCCACAAAAAGGCAAAAACUACCAAGAAGAUUGUGCUGAGGCUUCAGUGCCAGGGUUGCAAACACGUAUCGCAGCACCCUAUCAAGAGGUGCAAGCAUUUUGAGAUUGGUGGAGACAAGAAAGGGAAGGGAACUUCUCUGUUUUAAGCCGUUUGAAUUUUUAAGCUGCUUAGCUUAUCCUUUGUGUUGGAUUAUGUUGUUCCAUCUUAUUUUUAUUAUGUUGUCUAAUGGAAAAGACGCUGAGUGUUACAGAUUACCCAUGAUAAUCCAUCGUUGGUACGUCUUUUGAGUUUGAUGAAAUCUUCAAGUUCUUUUAA